CAUAAUCGCGAUUAGGUUGGGAAGGGCAGCGGCAUAUGCAAUAAGCAGUUGUAUUUCAAACAAAAGAAUAAAAAAGGAAAACCCUUUGAAUUUAAAGUCAGGGGAGGGACAUUUUGGGAAUUCCGAAAUUAAAAAAACACGAGAAGAGAGGUUAUCUCCUCUCUCAACCGAAAGAAGCUCCGGCGGUCACGUCGUCUCCGGUGGUCGCACUCUCUUUUUCUUUGCUUCGUUUCAAACUCUCAUUCACCGGAAUAUGGAAGCAGAUGCAACAGCAGCACGUGAUCAUGAAGAUCAAGAUGAAUAUAUUUUGCUUGACUUGGACGCUGUUAAUGACCUAAUUAGUUUUCCACCAAAUGCAAACUAUGUUCUUACUGGCCUUGACACUUUAAACCCGGUAUUGAUCAUUGAUGACAAAUUUAAGUUGAUUGGGGAGUAUGAGGAGACAAUUGGAACAUGUAUCGCCUUCGAAGAACAAGAUACCCCAGUGGUUCAUGAAGAGACAGGACCAUCUGAAGCGAACCUAUUUUCCGGAACAAGACUAAUCGAUUCAAGUCAACCUCCAACAAAGCAAGUCAGACCUGUGUGUCAGCUUCAUAAGGUUCUCAAGUUUAAAUUAUCACCUGAUUCUGAAAUUCAAAGUCGCACAGAUGAGGAGGCCAAUUGAAUUUGAAAGCUGAUAUAAUAUGCGGUUUCUACUUUGUUGAUCAAUUAUUUGGUGGUGGAUGACAUUUAUGUUCUAGAUAUUAGUUAUGUACAAAAUAAAUUUUUUUCUCAGUAGGACUAGGGUACUAAUGUAAAUUCUCAUUUUGCCCACUUUUAAAUGAAUUGUGAUUACAUUUUCAGAACAACGAUAACGAAAAUGUAAUUUUACAUAGUAGAUAUACUUUUCUUUUAUGCAUUUCUAAAUUAAAAAUAAUGUAAUUGUUUUUAAAAUAAAAAGAAAAGGCGUGUAAGUUGAACAGGAAAA